AUGGGUAAUGCAAGCGCAAGUGUGGCAGCUGUCUCUGCAUUUAUGAGGCACAAGUUGUUCGCAGCCACUGAUGGCCACAUUGACCAUUUUACGGACCGUCUGGUAGAGAUGGCUGAUGAUCAAGAGCUAGAUCAGAUGGCCUUGAUGUCCUACUCCCUCCUGGUUUUUGUAUGCAAAAUGAGUGAUAAUAAACAUGUUGAAAAGUACAACAGUGUCAUCUCUGAAAAAUCAGUCGCCAAACCCACUGCAGCAAAACGGCUAUCCAAGAAUAAUAAACGCAAAAAGCGUAGAAAAAAUACACUACACAAGCGAGUGACUACAGAAAGGGAGAAAAAUGAAAAAUACCUUAAAAACCUUUCAGACAAUACAUUAACUGAUCACCAAGUCAGCGUGUUAGCAAAAGGGCUUAAAUUUAUUGAAACACCCGUGACAAAUGAAAAUAAGAUCAGGCAACAAUUGUUGCGUGACUUCGAACAAUUCGCUAGGCGAAUGAGACUUAGAUAUAUAUUCCACGGGAAUGACAAGGAACCACAUCCUUUCCACGUCAAAUCAAACUGGAUACCACCAGUACAACCUUCUAUUGCCCUUGAACGCUACUUCGAAAAUAUCAAGUUAAGCCUUGCUGAAAUAGAAAUAACAAAGCCAAAACACAACCUGUCAUACAACGAACACAAAGCAGUCAAAGAACUGCAAAACAAUACUGCCAUCAACCUUAAACGUGCUGACAAAGGCACCACAACAGUGAUUCUCAACAAGAGGGACAAAAUUCAAGAGGCCCAGGUUCAGCUCGACAACAGAGACCACUACCGACCUCUUGAAAACCCCAUGGUCACUGACACAUUAAAAAAAGUUAAUGAGCUUAUUGCUCAACUGCACAAUGGCAAACAUUUAGACGAUAUGACAAAAAAGUGGCUUUCACAGACUCCCAAUCCGCCCAGAAUACCGAUUUUCUACACUUUAACAAAAAUCCACAAACCUUUGCCACCUAUUGCUCAAAAGCAAAAAUCGUAUCUCAAAGAUACGACUGAUUUCAUCAACUUUAUAGAGAAAACGCAAGUGUCAAAUGAUACUAUUUUAGUAUCAAUGGAUGUAACAAGCUUGUACACAAACAUCCCACAAGAAGAGGGUAUCACAAUAGUAUGCCAAGCAUACGAAAAAUACCACAAUAACAACCCUCCCAUUCCGUCCCACUACUUAAAACAAAUGCUCGGGCUUAUACUGAAAGAAAAUUCGCUCCAGUUCAACGGAGUAAACUAUCUCCAAUGUUUUGGAACUGCCAUGGGAACACGAAUGGCGGUUGCUUUCGCCAAUCUCUUUAUGGCAGAAAUUGAAACAAAACUGCUUCACCAAAGCAGUAUCAAGCCGAGAGUAUGGAAGCGUUACAUUGACGACGUUUUCUCCCUGUGGGAUGUUCGUAAACAAGACAUUGAUCUAUUCAUAGAACAAGCUAACACGUUCCAUCCAACUAUAAAGUUCACGGCUGAAAUCUCAGAGACUGAAAUCACAUUCUUAGACACGGUUGUCUACAAAGGCCACCUCUACUUUGUUAUGAAUAUGCCUCCACCUGGAAAUGAGAAAUCUUUCCACAGCAAAUUGGCAACAAAUGGCAAAAGAGGGGCUAAUUGUCACACAGGGUUGUGUCACAAUGUGGAGGCCCCUAAGCCAAGGAUGUAA